ACACACCAGGGGAAUGGCCCUGGGACAGAAUCACACCACGGUGACCAGGUUCAUCCUGCUGGGCCUCACAGACCAGGCACACCAAAAACCUCUCCUCUUUGCCCUCUUCCUGCUGGUCUACCUGGUGACGCUGGUGGGCAACCUGGGCUUGAUAGAUGUGAUCCGCACCAGCGCCCCCCUCCACACCCCCAUGUACUUCCUCCUGAGCGUGCUUUCCGUCCUUGACGUCUGCAAUUCCUCCUCGUUCACCCCCCGACUGCUGGUCAGCCUCCUCGCCACCGACCGGUCCGUCUCCUUCACGGGCUGUGCGGUCCAGAUGGCUCUGCUGACCCUCUUCGGCCCAGAGGAAUGUCUGCUCCUGUCCGUCAUGGCCUACGACCGAUUCGUGGCCAUCUGCCGCCCUCUCCUCUACCACACCAUCAUGUCCAAGCCCUUGUGUGUCCGGCUGGUGCUGGCCACCUGUGCCGUGGCGACGCUCAGUUCAGUGCUGCAGACAGCGAAUGUCUUCCUCCUGCCCUACUGUGGUCCCAACAUCAUCGAUCACUACAUGUGUGACAUCCCGCCCCUGCUCCACCUGGCCUGCUCAGACACCGCCGCGGCCAAUGUCAUCUUGCUCGUCCUCUCUGCCUUCGUCACUCUUCCCACCAUCUCCGUCAUCUUGGUCUCUUACGCCUCCAUCCUGGUCACAGUGUGCAGGAUGCGGUCCCUGGAGGCCCAGAGCAAGGCCUUCUCCACCUGCGCCUCCCACCUCACUGCCGUCUCCCUCUUCUACGGCUCCGUGUUCCUUGUCUACGUCCAGCCCGACCCUCAGCGUGCCUCCGCCCACAACAAGAUCCCCUCCGUGUUCUACACCAUCGUGAUCCCCGUGCUGAACCCGCUCGUCUACAGCCUGAGGAAUAAAGACGUCAAGGCCGCGGUGCAAGCGAGGCUCCUUCGCCUACCCAGAAAAGGGAUGUGUCAGAAAGGUCUCUGGUAGCCCGGAAGACAAAAGCGAAACCUAGAGAACCCAGCCAGCCAGGAGCCGGCCCAAGAGCGGUCUGUGCAAGGGAGCCAUAGCCAGUCUCUUGUGACAGGACGGGAUGGAAGAUAAUAUGAGAAAAGGACGUGCAUGGA